AUGGCUGUUACGGGAUCUCUACUAUCGUGUUGGUGCGGUACCUGCAGUGGUAGGCCAACAAUAACAACAGAUGUUUACUGCACGGAUUGUGAUGCCGUUGUUGACAAUAGUUCGAGUGAACGUUACGAUACGGCUACAUUGACAUUGGGAACAAGUCGAUCAGUUGGUUUCUAUAAUAGUGCAUGGUUAGCAUUAGCUUUUAAUUCCGCCAGUGGCAAUCCUGUUCAAAAUAUCGAUGCAUGUAGAAGUGCAUGUGUGUGUCAAACACCAGCUCUGGCAGCGUCUCAAACUGGCCGAUAUUUUGCUGUUGCAUUACAGAUCGAAGACUUUUAUAGCAGUUCCUCUACGACACCAAUGAGUAGUAUUCCUAUUCAAUUUCUAUUCUAUGUUGUCGCUGCGCCGACUUCUUGCUCUGUACGACUAGUUAUUAUCGGCGUACGCCCAAAUCGAGCAUGUGUCGGUCAGUCAAUAAAUUUGACUGUAUCAGAAAGCGCCGUAGCACAGCCUGGAUGUACUACAGCAGCAUCCAAGACAGUACACCGUCCAUCUUUAAACGGUACGAAUAUUUACUUUAAUGAUGCAGCCACAAACUCUGUGGUCGUCCAAUAUGAUGCUGGGUGGUCUUCAAAUAUUCCAUAUAGUGGUCCCGAAUCAAUUAAAAUAACUGAUGCAUUAUUCUGGCAUUUUGAAAUAUGGAACCCAGAGCUUUCAAGUACAACGUCAAUAACCACCACAGCACCUACGACACACACAGCCACGUCCCGGUCAGCAUCAGCAUUAACUGUUAGCACAUUGCUGACAACAACCGGCAUUCAAGUUACAACUACUACGACAACAUCCACUGUAACCACAAGUACAACUACGACUACUACAACAAGCAUCUCUACAGAGAUAUCAGUUUUUACAUCAAAAAAUUUUGAAUACAUUUGGCGAUAUCCAGUUGCAGUGUUUAAUGCUAUUGGGUAUUUAGCUAUGCUUUUAGCCCAUAUCGCAUCAAUGUCUGCGUUUUAUACUUAG